CCUGUUCCUGCCCGUCCCCCCUUGCCUGCCUUCCCCGGGCUGGGUAGCAGAGGCGGCGGUGCCCCCGGCAGCCUCCCGCUCAGCCGCCAGCGCCGGGGCGGAGGAGGCGGCUGGCCGUGCCGAUGGCAGCCCGGUUGCCCACCCUGCGCCUGCUGGUCUUGCUGGGGAUGUGGGCCAUCCCCGGCCAAGGAGGAGCCACCCUGAGCGCUGGAGAGCCCAGCCUGCAGCUCAUCGGCGGCGGCUGCCGCUGUGCCGGGAUGCUGGAGGUGAAGUGGGAUGGCAGGUGGAGCCGCGUGUGCCGGGACGGCGUGAGCGAGCCCAGCGUGGUCGGCGUUUGCCAGCGGCUGGGUUGUGGCCCCCCCAUCACCAAACCCCUCCAGCUCGUCUUUACCAGCAGGAAGGAACCACCAAACACAGGGCUGCUGAAGUGCAUGAGGCCGGCGGCCGCCCCGGCGACGUGCCACUGGGUGCCGGGAAAUUGCACGGAAUAUGUCAUCGUCAUCUGCAGCGAGCCGGUGAAAACCACCCCCAAGACCUCGACGUCACCGCCGGACACCACGCCGGAGCCCACCGGACCCGCCAGGCUGCGGCUGGUGGAUGGGGACUUUGGCUGCUCGGGCUUUGUGGAGCUGCACAGGCAGGGGCUGUGGGGGGCCGUGGCGGAGAGCCCGGGCAUCUGGCCGGAGCUGGCCGCCCGCAUCUGCCAGGAUCUCCGCUGCGGCACCUCCAUCGACAGCCGUAGCUACGCCAAGCCGGAGCGAGGAAGCCACUUGCCGGUCCGGUGGGAGGUGGUGGAGUCCUGCAAGAACCAUCCACUCCUCGACUGCUUCAACAGGACCAGUGCCCGGCGGGGGGAAGAGCCUGCCUUCAUCAUCUGCUCGGGCUCCCAGCCCCAGGCCCUGCGGAGGCUGGCGGCUGGCCCCACGCCAUGCGAAGGGGACGUCGAGGUCUUUCACGAGGGGCGGUGGCGUGUGCUGUGUGACAAUUUUGCGCAACGAGCCGAGCGGGGCAGGCAGCUGUGUCGGGAGCUGCGGUGUGGGAACCUCUCCUCCAGCACCGAGAUCCGGGACCCCCCUUCGAUGGGUGUCACCUGUAAGGGUCACAACCUGCACCUCUGCCACACCAGUCUCGGGGCUCCCCGGACCUGCUCCCGGACCAGAGUCGUGUGCCAGGACUCGAAGCCGCAGCCCACCGGCACGGCCGCAGGCACCAUCGUGAGCAUCUGCCUGGCCCUGCUUCUCUUCGGCAUCCUCCUGCUCAUCUGCGGCCCUCCUGCCUACAGGAGGCUGAUGAAGAGAAUCUCCAAAAAGAAGCAGCGCCAGUGGAUCGGCCCCACGGGACUCUACCAGACGGUCUCCUUCCACCGCAACAGCACCGUCACCCUGAGGCCGCGGGCAGAGGGGCAGCGGGUGCAGGGGGGGGACAACGACUACGCUCAGCCCCCCCAGAAGAGCUCCUACCUCUCGGCUUACCCAGCCCUGGAAGGCAUGUCCAGAGCUUCCAACCCUCCGGACAACUCCUCCGACAGCGACUACGACCUGCAUUCUGCCCGCAGAGUGUGAUGCCCCUCGCCACGGCUGGGACCCCCUCGGGCUGCCCUGGUCCCCAGCCGAGCCACCCCCCCCCCCGCUCCUGCCCACCACCCGGUGCUGUCCCAGGGUGGUCACGCACAUGGCAGCAAAGCUGUGCAACUGCUGAUGUAGCGGCUUUUCUUGCAUUUUCGGCAAGCGACCUCGUUUCCUUCGUCAACCGCUUUCCCGCCCUGCGGGCAGAGGUGGGAUGCAGCACAAGAAAGGUAAAUUUUGAGCAACCCGAUCUAGCGAAAGACGUCCCUGCCCAUGGCAGGGGGUUGAACAAGAUGAUCUUUGAAGGUCCUUUCCAACCCAAACCCUUCUGCGAUUCUCUGCAACGAUGAACUGAACGAAGCCGACGGAAGAGAUGACAAAUACCUGCGCUGCUCACCUCGGAAGAAAGCCUGCCUGCAUCCCCCCCCCCCAUAAGCGUGAUGGGAGACCUCCGGGGCCAGGUCCCCCCAACCCCUGCCAGCCUCAGAGCCAAACCCGCCCGUGCUCCUCCGAACCUGCUCACACUGGGCACCAGGCACGCACGGCUCAGCUCUAACCCAGCCUAGCUCAGCUUCGGCUGCGCCCCGGUACGCAAGCACCUUUCCGAGAAAGCUGCUUCUUGCUUUUGAGACUCCCUCGUGGGAGAGUGCAAGGUGGAGCGGGGUUUUAAAGCUAUUUGCAUGAGUCUAAGAGGCAGCUGGGUUGCAGCAGGCUUCAUACCUGCACUGAGAGCUGAGCAGCCACGCUCAUGGCCGUUUAGAGGGGGUUUGCAGACUUCUUCGUCUCUCAAAACCAGGAUAACCACACUCCUCCUCCCACCUGGGCCAGGCUGAAAGCGAAAUCAGCUGCUGUCUGUCAGGCGCUCCGAUACCGGGGUGCUGAGCUUCACGAGAAAGACUGCGAGACCCGCGUCUGCCGGGUUCCCAGGGAAGCUGCAAAGACACGCGCUUGGCUGUGUUUGUGUGGGAUGGCGUGAGAUUUGGGCAGAUGUAUAAAGCAAAGCAUGGAUGUGAGGAGCACGGGGAAGGCAGAAAUACCGAGAACAAGUCAGAGAUAUUUAAUAAGCAAUAACCGUUGUAAUAAAAUUGGUUUUUCUAGUAA